CUUCAACGUCUCACAUAUAAAAAUGAGUGAUAGUGACGACGACUAUCGGGUUGAAGGGCCUGUUCUUGCCGAGGACGACCCUAUGAGAGCCUUUCUACCCACAUCAUUCGGCAAACAGUCUAGGCAGACCAAUAUCUCUGCGCAAAUCGAGCAGAGUAGGAGAGCCGUCGAGAAACCAGCCAAGGCGGCCAAAGCGGCAGAAGCGACAGGAUCCGGUUCCGACGACGACAGCGACGGCGGCAGCGACGAUUCGGACUCGGACGAAGAUGACGACGAAUUUCCCGUUUCGCAUGAGAUCGUGCUCAAAACCCACGACCGCGCCGUUACGAGUAUCUCCCUGGACCCGGCAGGAGGGCGGUUGAUAACUGGCUCCCUGGAUGCCACCGUCAAGCUGCACGAUUUUGCAUCCAUGACACCGACUACACUGCGCGCCUUCAGAAGCGUCGAUCCCUGGGAGACGAAAUCGUCUGCUGCGUCCUCAGAGUCGCAUCCCAUUCACCAUGUCCAGUUCAGCCACCUCUCUGGGGGGGUCUUCCUCUGCGUAACAGCGCAUCCGCAACCCAAGAUCAUGUCGAGAGACGGCGAUACCCUGACCGAGUUCGUCAAGGGCGACAUGUACCUGCGCGAUAUGAACAAUACCAACGGCCACGUGGGCGAAGUUACUACGGGUACUUGGCAUCCCACGGAUCGGAAUACCUGUGUGACGGCCGGUUCGGACAGCACGCUGCGGAUAUGGGACAUCAAUAAUAAGCGACGGCAGAAGGAGGUAAUCGCCUUCAAGUCGAAGGCGCCGGGGUGCGCCGGUCGGACGAGAAUGACUGCCGUGGCCUGGGCCGCGACCGCAGGGGGAGGAAACGACAUCCUCGUUGCGGCCGCCCUGGACGGGUCGUUGGUCAUGUAUAGCGGCAAUGGCCCUUUCACGCGACCCGCAGCGGAGAUACGCGAGGCACACAAGCCCGCAACUUGGACUGGAGGCAUAGACGUCAGUUCCGAUGGACGCAUGGUCGUCACUCGAGGAGGUGACGGCACCAUCAAGCUCUGGGACACUCGCAAGUUUAAGGAGCCCCUGGUCAAGGUUGAACACCCGUCUACAUCGGACCGGUUCCACAUGACUAACAUCAAGUACUCUCCAAACUCUACGAGCAUCAUCACCGGAUCAGAGUCCGGCCACCUUCACAUUUUGAACCCUGGCAAUCUACAGCCCGAACACGUCACCCCGAUUACCCCAGGGUCGCCCCUUAUUGUGGUUGACUGGCAUCCCAAACUCAACCAGAUCAUCACAGGCUCGGCGAACGCGGAAACACAUGUGCUAUUUAACCCAACCAUGUCGACCCGGGGGGCAGUUGAGGUCAUGUCGCGCGCUCCAAAGAAACGUCAUAUUGAUGACGAUCCCUCUUUGACAAUGGACCAAACCCUCGGGAUCUCGGGCGAUUCCAUCAUCAUCCCAGGCGGCAGCCUGCCCGGCACAAGAAAGGGAGGGGUGACAGCCUCUGGCAAGUCCAGGGAUCCCAUGAGACCGCAGGUCCAACAGGUCACCCCUUUCAUGAGGAGCCAGCCCGACUCGAAACACGUCUCGGAGAAUAUCCCGCUGAGUCGCAUGCUCCACGAAGAUCCGAGGGAGGCACUAUUAAAAUACGCUGAUAUUGCGAAGAGCGACCCACUGUUUACGAAGGCUUAUGAUUCAACUCAGCCUGUUACCCGGUACGCUGAGGUGAGCGACGACGAGGAGCAAGAAGGGCCGGAUAAGAAGAGGAUCAAGAGGUAAAGAAAAAAGGGGGGGAAGCGGGUUACACUACGGACUACGGCGUACACUACGGCGUACACGGGUGGAAUGGCGUUUGGGUCAAAAUCUGGGUGCUCGCUGUCUUGAUAUCGGGUGGUGCUCCGAGGAAAGUAAUUAGAAAUAUCCAAUUAGGUAAUCAACCCCUUUUGGUGGUAAUCGCUGCGCACGAGCCAAGGAAGCACGGAACCUCAGGCAUUCACUAUUGGUUGGAAGCCUGUUUUACAUAAUGGAUCAUGCUGAGAUGUACGCUGGUGGGGCGGCGUUUUCCAUACCACCAAACAAGCCGCGAAGGC